AUGGGGCUCUACCCUCCCGCAACUGUGAGCCCCACCUGGGAGUACACCCCUCCCCAGGCCUCAGAAGAUUCCUAUGCAAGAGGCACCUUCCUAGAGAACAUCAGGACACAGCGACGGAGUCCGGACCUGUUGGCGCUGGGGCCUGCGGUGCCUUCCUCCAUCCCUGUCCCCAGCAGUGCCUACGGGCCCCCCGACUUUCCUAGGAGCUUCUUUCCUCCAACCAGAAGCCCCCCCAAUCCAGCGGUCUUUUCCUCCCCCAACCUCCAAGGAGCCCUGCCCCCGUCCACCUGUGAGGCCUGGGAUUGUGCGCCAUGCAGGGUGGUUCUGAGACGGUGUGACAGCAUGUGUACCAGGCACAGCGAAAGUCCGGCAGAGCGAAAGUCCGGCAGAGCGAAAGCCGCUCCACAGUGCCACCUGUGCAAUGCCGGUGGUCAGACGAUGACUAGGCAGAACAAGCCCCAAAGGCGCCCGAAGGUCAGCAAGCGUGCAGGUGCCCAGUGCACCAACUGCCAGACAACCAUCACGGCAGUGUGGCGGCUGAAUGCCAAUAGAGACCCCGUGUGCAAUGCCUGCGGCCUUUAUUACAAGCGACACCAGGUGAACCGACCACGGACCGUGCAGAAGGGUGGUAUAAAGUCUAGAAAACCCAGGCCAUCACAGAAAGAAAAGAAGCCAGUGUCGAGUCUCGGAGGCACAGGACCAGCUGAUGCACCGGCUGGUGGCUUCAUGGUGGUGGCUGGGAGCAGCGAUGGUGGGAAUUGUGGGGAAGUGGCCUCAGGCUUGAGAUUGGGCCCACCUGGUACUGCCCAUCUCUACCAAGGCCUGGGCCCCGAGGUGCUGUCCGGGACUGUCAGCCACCUCAUGCCUUUCCCCGGGCCCCUGUUGGGUUCACCCACAGGCUCCUUCCCCACAGGCCCCAUGCCUCCCACCACCACCAGCACUGUGGAGGCGCCACUCAGCCCAUGA